GAUUUGAAUACAAAGUAAUUAAAGAUCAUUCUGCCGAAUCUGAUAUAAGUGAAAAAUACAAAACAGUUCUUGAUAAUAUAUAUUAUAAUUUAGAGGAUAAAGAUUAUUAUUUUGCUCCAACUCCAUUUA